GACACAGCCUGGCAGACAGGAUGUCACUGCUGGAGGCAUUCACCUUCCUGUCCUUCUGGGCUGUUGGACUUGGGUUAUCAAAAGUAGAGCAGUCCCAGAUAUCCAUUUCCACAGAAGUAGAGAAAAGUAUUGACAUACAUUGCAAGAUAUCCAGCACAGAUUUUGAAGAGGAAAUCAUUCACUGGUACCGGCAGGGAACGAAUGAGACUUUGAAGCAUCUGAUUUAUGUGAGCUCGACAAAAUCCCCAGCUCAAAAUGACCUAGGUAGGAAGAAAAAUAAACUUGAGGCAAGAAAGGAUUCUCAAACAUCCACUUCAAUCUUCACUAUAAAGUUCAUAGAAAAAGAAGAUGAGGCCACUUACUACUGUGCUGGCUGGCACCACAGUGCUAGAACUGUUGAGACAACCCACACAAGAUCCCCUCCUUGGGUCUGUGCCCACCCACAUCCUUCCCAACAGUGGGAACCACAGCCAGGCCCCAGCUGGGCUCCUGGCCUCAGCCUCUCCUUCUCUGCAGCACUUCCGGAGCUUUCCAGGAAGCCAUUUUGGAUUUGCUUGCACAUUACCUUCCAGCUGACCGCAGGAAUUGUGCUUCCAAAGCUUUAUUUGACACUAUUUCCCAACGAAUUGAAGUCCUGUCUGGGGACUGAGAGCACAAUGGCUGUGCCACUGUGCAUCAUCUCACCAUCCAGAGACUCUCAGCAAGCAGGCGAGGUUCAGACUGAGAGGAAAUCGGCAUGAGCUGUUAUUAUCAUAUAUACUCAAGACAAGCCCUCUGCAAUAUAACCAUUAUUGGUCCAUUUUACAACCAAAGAAAUUAAAGCUUAGAGAAUUUAGGUUUAAGGAUCAGCCAAAGACAAGAAGUCCAUGCUUUUUGAACUGGACUGUGAGACCACACUGAAAAGUGUAAGGAUUGCAGUUCUUUAAGUGAACGCUAGGGUAUCUGGGGUAAAUUAGGUAUGGAGCAAUGCCGUUUUUCAGAGAGCUGUGAGGAGAAGGAUUCUGCCCAUAUGAUGUCAUGAGAACAGAGCACUGAAUUCAUUGUGAUGGUUAGAUGAGUGCACCAUGUUGGAUAACCCUUGAUCUGCCUGUGAAAGAAGAGAAAGAAUCUGCCAAGACCAGAAGAGCUAACACCGUGUGUGUGUGU